AUGGGACAAAGGAGACCCGAUCAGCGGCGGGAGCGGCGUGUGAAAAUACUCUUCUUUGUUGUGUUAUUUGUUUAUGGCAAAACCGUUUUGGCACAGAUACGCUACUCUAUUUCUGAAGAGCAAAAGGACGGAACUGCUGUGGGAAAUGUUGCUAAGGAUUUGGGUAUUGAUCCCAAAACCUUAAAGGAGCGAGGAUUUCGCAUUGUCUCCACCUCAGGCGAGUCCAUGUUUAGUGUAAACCAGAACGACGGUGUCUUGUAUGUGAAAGGUAAAUUAGACAGGGAGAAUGUUUGUGAACGAAGCACCCCGUGUUUAAUCAACCUAAAAAUUGCUUUAGAAAAUCCUCUCGAGAUCCAUUAUGUGACUGUUGAUGUAAUAGACGUGAAUGACCACGCACCGAUGUUUCCAGAGCAGGAAAAGCGUUUGGAAAUAAGCGAAACGGUGCUUCCCGGUGCGCGUUUCCAGCUUCAGGCUGCGCGCGAUCCAGACAGUGGCAGUAAUUCAGUUCAGACUUAUAAACUGAGCCACACUGAAUACUUUCGUAUUGAAAUUAAAGAUCGGUAUGAAGACGGCAAAGUUCCCGUUUUGAUUUUACAAAAGCCUCUUGACCGAGAGGUUACAAAAAGUAUAAAGCUGCAGUUAACUGCUUUAGAUGGAGGCAGACCACCAAAGUCUGGAAAGAUGACUAUAAUUAUAGAUGUGCUAGAUAUUAAUGAUAAUGCACCUGUAUUUAUUAAAGAAGUGUACAGUGUCACACUCAAUGAAAACACUCCAGUUGGCACAACCAUUCUUAGGGUGAAUGCAACUGAUUUGGAUGAAGGACAAAACGGAGUAGUUGUUUAUUCAUUAGGGCAUGACGUCAAUGACAAAUUGCGUAAACUUUUUAACGUUAAUCCAGUCACAGGAGAAAUUGUUGUGACAGGUCUGUUAGAUUUUGAAGUAAAAGAUAUAUACGAGAUUGAUAUUCAGGCAUCUGACAAAGGGAUUGCUCCUCUAACAACAGAUAAAAGUGUUACAAUAAAAAUCGCCGAUGUAAAUGACAAUGAACCUCAGAUAGAAGUGACGUCAUUGUCGAGCACCAUUCCAGAAGACUCUAAACCUGGAACAACAGUGGCUUUAAUAAGUGUGUCUGACUUAGAUUCUGGGAUAAAUGGCAGAGUCACCUGUUCAUUAUCUGAGAACAUACCUUUCCAGCUAAUGCCAUCAUCUCAAGAAAAUACAUAUUCAUUAGUGACAACAUCUGCUCUAGACAGAGAGACCAUUGCUCACUAUGACAUUACACUAGAAGCCAAAGACGCUGGUCAACCACCACUGUCUUCUGUUAAAUCUGUAACUGUUCAGAUAUCAGAUGUAAAUGACAAUAGCCCAGAGUUCUCUUCCUCUCCUUAUGCAUUUUAUGUGAUGGAGAAUAAUGCUCCAGGCAAAUCUUUAUUCUCUGUGUCCGCCUCUGACAAAGACACUGGUGCAAACAGUGCUGUCAGCUAUCAGAUAUGGAGAGAUGGUGGUGCAGAAAACAAAUUUACAUCUUUCAUUAAUAUUAACUCUGAAAAUGGGGAGAUUUAUGCGCUUAAGAGUUUUGACUUUGAAACUUCCAAAACGUUUCAGUUCCACAUACUCGCCACAGACUCUGGAAGUCCAUCUCUGAGCAGUAACGUGACAGUGAACGUGUUUAUUCUGGAUCAGAACGACAACGUUCCAGUGAUCUUAUAUCCAGUCAGCGCUAACGGUUCUGCUGAGGGUGUGGAAGAGAUUCCCCGUAAUGUGAACGCAGGUCAUUUGGUGACUAAAGUCAGAGCCUAUGACGCAGAUAUAGGAUACAACGGCUGGUUAUUAUUCUCACUGCAGGAAGUUAGUGAUCACAGUCUCUUUGCUUUGGACCGCUAUACAGGACAGAUAAGGACCCUUCGCUCAUUCACAGAAACAGACGAGGCCCAGCAUAAACUGGUCAUACUGGUCAAAGACAAUGGGAACGUUUCCCUCUCAGCAACAGCGACUGUGAUUGUCAAAGUUGUGGAGCCCAAAGAGGCUUUUGCAGCUUCUGAUGUUAAAAACGCAGAGAAAGACGAGGAGGAAAACAACGUGACAUUUUAUUUGAUCAUCACUUUGGGCUCGGUUUCGGUGCUUUUCGUCAUCAGCAUCAUCGUGUUGAUUGUAAUGCAGUGCUCCAAAUCUACAGACUAUUCGUCCAAGUAUUUACAGGACACAAAUUAUGACGGGACUCUGUGUCACAGCAUCCAGUACAGAUCUGGAGACAAACGCUACAUGUUAGUUGGACCCAGAAUGAGUAUCGGCUCGACUAUAGCACCAGGCAGUAAUAGGAAUACUUUAGUCAUACCAGAUCGCAGGAGGAGAGACUCUGGAGAGAGCACGCUCAAGCCUAAAGUUCCCAGUUCAGACUGGAGAUAUUCGGCGUCCCUCAGAGCAGGAAUGCAAAGUUCUGUCCGUAUGGAGGAGUCCUCUGUGAUGCAGGGAGCUCAAGGAGUCCUGGUUCAGAACUGGCCCACCGUUUCCAGCGCUCCCGAUAAUGAGGGUGGAGAGGUGUCUCCACCUGUAGGCGCUGGAGUGGACAGCAACAGCUGGCAUUUCCGAUAUGGGCCGGGUCCCGGAGGCCCUCCGCACCUGAAACCCGGUGAAGUUCCUCCCGAAGCCUUCAUCAUCCCUGGAUCUCCGGCCAUUAUUUCCAUCAGACAAGGACAGGACGGUGACGACAAGAGCGACUUUAUUACCUUUGGGAAAAAGGAGGAGGCCAAGAAGUUAAAGAAGAAAAAGAAGAAGGAGAAGAAGGAUAAGCGGGAGAAAGGGAAGGAUGAUGAUGAUUAGAGAGACAGAGGAAGGAUGUCUUUUAAAAGACAGAAGUCUCAACGAAAGUCUGUAGAACAAAAAGUGUGCGUUUAUUAAGUCUGAGAUGCAUAUUUGGGAGCUCGUCCAAAUGUUUUCUUUUUACAAAAACGUUCCUGUUUGAUUACACAAAUACAUGGCAUCCCUUUCCAUUUCUUAAUGAUGAAACUGAUUAAUCUUGCCUGUUAGAUUACUGAUUAGUGUUCUCUACAAUUCAGACUGGAGUUGGUACGUCUGUCUUUUUCAUCCGAUUGGCUUUUGUUUUCCUUUUGAUAGGAAGACAAAAUCUGAUGUAUAAUGUUUGUUAGCUGUGUGCCGCUUCAAGUGUGUUAAAAUGCAGGAGGGAAAAAAAAAACUGCACAUGCUGGUGUAAAUAUGCAGGUCGAGGUGUGUGAAGACGCUAAGUUAACGCUUUUUGCUCAUUCACUUCUCCUGGUGCAGGAUGGGAGAAACAUCCUGUAAAACGAGAGACGCUGAUACAUACUUUCACACAGAGGACACAAAAAAAGUCUCACAUCCUCGAAAUAAA